AUGAGUGACUCCGGUUCUCCGAGUGAAUCCGACUGCGAAGAAGUGAAUCACUGUGAGGUUGGCCGCGCCUGCAGUACACUACAAGACACCUCGGAAACAAGCCUGCUUUCUCGAUUUCCAAACGAGCUUCCCUAUGACAUCGGCCAGUGCGACGAUCCUUGCAAGAUGUGCGGUGCACUACAUUGGAAACUUGAGAGGACCCAAAGAAUGAAGUUGUGGGCCCAAGCGACGUAUUCAACCUGCUGUCAACAAGGCGCUGUGGCACUUCCUAGCGACCACUUGGAGAACGAUUUGACGCCUCCUUUCCUCCAAAACUUAUUUACUCGCCAGGACAAAAAUGUUCCGACAGAACAUUCGAAGUUACAAUAA